AUGGGUUCCAUCCUUCGCGUCCCCUCCAAAGUUUCAGCUGAAGAAGCAGCUCUCCCAGGAAACGGCAUUGCAGCCAAAGAAGAAGCUCCCACAGGACCAGCAUCAAAGAUCUUCACGCCCCUCGCAAUCGGCAACGGCACCCUCACACUCUCCCACCGCAUCGUGCUCGCUCCUCUAACAAGAAACCGCGGACUACCACUCAAACCCACUGCCACACCCUCAGACCCCAACAGAGUAUGGUAUCCCGACUCUCUAGUAGCAGAGUACUAUGCCCAACGAACCACACCAGGCGGUCUCCUCAUCACGGAAGGCCUCCCCCCUAAUCUCAUCGGAAACGGCAUGCCAGGCGUCCCAGGCCUCUUCUGUCCCGAACAAGUAGCAGGCUGGAAAGCCGUUGUGGAAGCUGUACACGCCAAAGGAGGCUACAUAUAUGCUCAAUUAUGGAACGCGGGACGGGCAUCAAUCCCACAGCAUACUGGGAUGCCGACUAUCAGCGCAAGCGCCACACCGUACGAGGACGAUGAAUGCUAUCCCUACCCACCGCCGGGAGAAAGCAAACAAGUCCGCUACAGGGAUUUCCCGCCCACGGAACUGAGUGUGGAGGGAAUCAAAGAGCAGAUUGGUGAUUACGUUCUCGCUGCAAAACGAGCGGUUGAAGAAUGUGGUUUCGACGGCGUAGAAGUGCAUGGUGGGAACGGAUAUCUCCCCGAGCAAUUCCUUAGUAGCAAUAUCAACAAACGCACAGAUGACUAUGGCGGUUCGCCCGAGAAGAGAUGUCGCUUUGCUUUGGAGUUGAUGGAAGCACUGGCUGAAGCUAUAGGAGAGAAUAAAUUGGCUAUCAGACUAAGUCCCUUCGGACUGUACAACCAAGCGAGAGGGAUGCAGCGACUGGAGACAUGGGGCCAUCUGUGUAGGGAGUUGAAGAGGAAGCAUAGAUUGAGUUAUGUGCAUUUCAUUGAGCCGAGAUAUGAGCAAGUUCACAGCUUGGAGGAGAAAAAUAAAUUCCUCGAAUCCUGGGGAAUUCCUGAUGUUUCUUUAGCUCUUUUCCGCGAGAUUUUCGGCGACACGCCUUUUUUCACGGCGGGAGGCUGGAAUGAUAAGAAUGUUUGGGGAGUUCUUGAAGAUGGGACUUAUGAUGCUUUUGCAAUUGGCCGUCUUUAUCUCUCCACGCCAGAUCUGUUAGAAAGAUUGAAGGAGGGCAAGAAAAUGAAUCAGUAUGACCGUUCGAGAUUCUAUGGACCAUUUGAGGACAGAACGAUCGGGUACACAGAUUAUCCCACUUGGGAAGGAGUCGAGGCUUGGGGUGGGAAAUUGGUUGACUGA